AUGAACGACUCAUACCUACAGUUUCUUAAAGGGCAGAAACCUGCAAACAGCACGUCUUUGCCUCCUAAUGGCAGCACCGUUGAUCCUCCGGCAGGUGCGCUGUGCGAGCAAGUUCAGAUCCAGGCGGAGGUUUUUCUCACCUUGGGUAUUGUGAGUCUUCUGGAGAACAUCCUUGUCAUCUUGGCCGUGGUCAAAAACAAGAACCUUCACUCUCCGAUGUAUUUUUUCCUAUGCAGCCUGGCUGCUGCGGACAUGUUGGUGAGUGUUUCGAACUCUUUGGAGACCAUUGUCAUUGCCGUACUAAGCAGUCGCCUUUUGGUGGCCAGUGACCAUUUUGUGCGUUUGAUGGACAAUGUGUUUGAUUCAAUGAUCUGCAUUUCUCUCGUGGCAUCAAUCUGCAACCUCUUGGCGAUUGCCAUCGACCGCUACGUCACGAUUUUCUACGCCUUACGCUACCACAGCAUAGUGACCGUACGCAGAGCGCUGGUGGCCAUCGCUGCAAUCUGGUUGGUGUGCGUGGUUUGUGGGAUCGUCUUCAUAGUGUACUCGGAGAGCAAGACUGUGAUUGUUUGUCUGAUCACAAUGUUCUUUGCCAUGCUGGUGCUCAUGGCCACUCUCUAUGUACACAUGUUUCUUCUCGCCAGACUUCACGUCCAGAGAAUUGCAGCAUUACCCCCAGCAGCCACUGGCAACCAGGCCCCACGUCAACGCAGCUGUAUGAAGGGAGCCGUGACCAUCUCCAUCCUCCUCGGCGUGUUUGUGUGCUGCUGGGCACCGUUUUUCCUCCACCUCAUUCUGCUGGUGUCCUGUCCACACCAUCCACUCUGCCUCUGCUACAUGUCACACUUCACCACGUACCUGGUCCUUAUUAUGUGCAACUCUGUGAUUGACCCCCUCAUCUACGCCUGCCGCAGCCUGGAAAUGAGGAAGACCUUUAAGGAGAUACUGUGCUGUUUUGGCUGUCAGCCCCCACUUUAGAUGAUUUGACUUUAGUCUGAUUUGAAAGGAGACUGAAUGUACAAAGAAAAAGCUUACCUUGAUAAGAUGCCAAAGUGUGGUGGCAUAAUGAUGUUAUUGAGAGAUAAGUAUAUGGACAAAAGCAGACAUAAAAAUUCAGAAAAAAGGACUGGAAAUUUGUCAAGCACUAUCAAGGAUUUGGAAAGCUCAGGAGCUGCAAGAAAAUCAGAGAACUGGGGGGUAGAUCGAAUGUGACCUAUCGCUUGCUUAAAGGGCAGAUCAAUUAUGUGUUAGUUGUGUCUAUUAUGUGUAUUCAUUAUGCAGUGGGGUCUGACAGUCUGAAACUACACUGAAAAUCUAGAAUUUAAAUUCCUAUUAAAACCCUGAAAAACAGUUUUAGGAUUUAACAAAAUUUUUAAAAGACACUAUGAUUGACAUUAAUAUGAAAUAUUUUAAAUUCUGUAUUGUUUCUAGGUAACGAUUCAAAUGAUUGUGACAUUGAUCAUUUGACUGUGUUUUUUCGGUGAAGCCUAGACAAUCUCAUAGCACUUUGUAACUGCUUUACACUUUGGUGAAUUGGUGGUGAAUUUGUAUGAUCUCAUUUGUGCAUUUUCGUAUGAUCUGCUUACGCCCCACUGAUGGUUAAGUUCAAGUAUGGAUCUUUAUGCUUACUAUUUUUCUAAAAAAUCAUACGUUUUCGUACCAACAAAUUGUAAAAAAAAAUCUAGAUAUUUGGAUCAUCUCAAUUUAUGCUGGAUCAUAUGAUAUAGAGUUCUCCACAAUUGGAGUUCAAUUGUGGAGUUCAUGCAAGCUCAAAUGUUGAUGUCAUUAAAUCAAAUAGAGAACAAACCAUAUAAUAAGAGAUUUUGAAAAUCAUGUUGAUUUUCCAUUUGAUCUUUUCCACUCAAAUGAUCAAGCCGCUAAUUUAAAAUGCAAAAAUAGAAAAACAUUUUCACUAGUGGUGUCACACUUUUGGACCCCACAGGUACCUUAUGUUCAAAAUGUGUAUAUAGUAUAUUUUAGGUAUCUGUGACUGUGACCGCGUUCAAGCAUUUUUGGUGUGUAAAUGCCUCUGUUCAAAGCUGCUGAAGUAGAAACAGUCUGCGGUGAAACGUGCUUGCUGACAUCAAAAACAUCAGGGCACUUCCUAGGUGUCUGUCUGUCUUUUUGAGGUGUCACUAACUUUGUUGCUUCUCAUAGUUGUUAGAAUCAGAUUCAGCUUGGACUGUCUCCGAUUAUCAACAAUAUGCUGUCAAACUCAAUCCAACUGCUGCAGCAUUGAGUCCGCAUGUGUGGAUCAUUUUGCUGCAUGUCAAAGUCACAAAUGUUUCUAAUUUUGCCUUUCAGUGGUGGAAUGUAACUGAGGUCUCACCAUUUAUUUUUAGUCAGAGACUUAAGACAGCAGUACGCAACUAAACAUGUCAGUUCCAACACCAAAUAGAUCUCAUUUGGGGGGUUUUGCCUUUUAUUCAGAAGUGGAAAAGACCACAAACCAGGAUUCAAACUCAGGACACCCAAAGCACAACUUCACUGUGUGUCAGAGCACUAACCACAUGUUGGCUCUGACUAAUUAUCCCUCUUAUUCCAUUAGACAGCAACACAGUUUAACUUUUUAUGGGUGUCUAGUGGUUUAAGUUUGAUAUUCUGCUUAGCUGACUUGUAUUGAAUCUCACUGCAAUGUUAUUGGGACUGUGCUUGCCACUCUAUGAACUAUUUUAGCGCAUGAGCUUUAGCACUUGACUUGUAUCUGUGGCCACAAACUCCAGCAAAUGUCUGCCAAAAAACAUGUAAAAUAAAAGGGUUUAGUUUUAUCACGCCAUGUGUUCUCUGUUCCUUCAUGUGGGAUACAUGAAUGCCAGUUUGUGUCUCUAAAAAAGUUUGUGUGUGUGCAUGCGUGGAUGUUUCCUUCUCAU